AUGGCCGACGUUAGUGACAACGCGGCGACUUAUGAGGAGGAACAUGUUCACCGGGUUUACCAGGAGAUCGCACAUCAUUUCUCUUCUACAAGGUAUAAACCUUGGCCGAUUGUUGAGCGAUUUCUGUCGGAAUUGCCCCCUGGCUCACUUGGCUUGGACGUUGGCUGUGGCAAUGGUAAGUAUUUACCUGUUAAUACCGAUAUCUUCAUAAUAGGCUCAGAUAGAUCUGAAGCCCUUGUCAGGAUUGCGAGUGAACAUGCACCACAUUCCGCCGUGGUAGCCGAUAGUUUGAAUCUCCCUCACCCUAAUGGGCAAUUUGACUUUGCAAUUUCAAUUGCAGUGGUACAUCAUUUGUCGACCCGCGAACGCAGGGUCAAAGCCAUCGAAUCUAUUCUUGGCACUUUGAAGUCACCCCGUUCGAACCAAGUAGGCGGUAAAGCCCUCAUAUAUGUUUGGGCACUCGAACAAAAGAAUAGCCGCCGGGGCUGGGAUGCAGGCGAUGAGCAGGAUGUGAUGGUGCCUUGGGUGAAGAAAGGAAAGAAUUCUGAUAACCACCAAGAGUCGACGCAGACUUUCCUUCGUUAUUAUCAUCUCUACCAGUCGGGGGAAUUAGAAAACGACAUACAUACCGCCGGUGGCAAUGUUUUGGACCACGGCUACGAGAAGGAUAACUGGUGGGCUAUUGCAACUCCGCUUUCUCAGUGA